UCCAUGAACUGUGGACCAGGAUGCAGAUAGGAUCUCAGUGAUUAUGGAAACAAAACACACGCACACAAGCACAGUAGAUAAUCAGGUGGCAGAUGACUGUAGUCAGGGUCUGAGUGUUCAUUACCGGUAAUUGUAACAGCUGUCCAACGGUUAAUUACACAGUUCUGUGUAACUUGACUCAAACGUUCACCAAACGCACAACGGAAAAUGUGUAACGAGUCAACCGACUGACUGGGUGCAUGGGACACUAACGGACGUGGACAUGUACACACGUGUUCCCGAGUUGCACCGGCUUAUUGCGUCACAUCCGAAUACUCCAGACUGGACAGGUAAGUUGGAUGGGAACAGCAACAAUUUACAGGCUGUGAAGCUGGACAUUGGUUUCCACACUCGGAUUUCUGACAGCAGAGAAGCAGGUGAUGGCGUACAGUCUUUCUCUUCUUCAACCACCCCAGCGGACGUGAAGAAGAACAAAAUGCCGCUCGCUCGCGGCAAGGCUGCCAAGGGGGAGGUCAAGAAACUGGACAAGAGUGACAUUCGAGUGAUGCCGAGCGCUCCUCCCUCGGAUGACGACGCCCUCUUUAGUGCGGCCAAGAACAUUGGGCGGCCUUUGCCCCCGUUGCCCAGCACGACGAAAGACUCUCCCCCAACAGCACCAUCUGCUACGACGACGACAGUGACAGCGACGAAGUCGUCAUCAUCUUUACCGUCUUCUUCAUCAUCUUCAUCUAUAUCGUCAUUAUCAUCGUCGUCAUCUCAACCCUCUGCAGCCUCGGCAGUGAAGCCCGGGGUGAUUAAAGCCAGACGACCGGCACCACCGCCGCCGCCACCGCCACCACCUCCCCUUUCACAAGAAACACCGAUACCGCCCCCAACCCAUCGUAUUCCACCACCUCCACCUCAAGCGUUGCCGUCUCAUCCAACCCCUCGUCUUCCCCUGCCUCCGCCCCAAGCCUCACCGUCUCCCCCACCCCCUCGACUCCCACCUCCCCCGCCACCCUCAUCUGCCUCGCUUCCUGCCACCCCCAUGUCACCCACUCCUCCUUUGACCGGUUCCUCGCAGCUGAUCCCUGGACCGAGGGUCCAGCACAGCCUCAUGUCGCCCACAGCCGAGCCCCCCAAGCCCUCCUCCUCCCUGUAUCCUGUCUUGCAGGACCCGUCGCAGACGUACUACUCCGAGGUGGAAGAAAACUAUCUCGAGCCUGUGCCAGCAGCAGUGCUGGUGCCGGGACCGACCUGCUUUCCCAAAAGGGCAUCCGCUCCCACCACCAGCGGUCUCCGGAGCGGGGCGGAAGAAUCGAACCAGGAGAGGGCGACGCGGCCAGACCGACUUCCGCUAGCUCCGGAAGCGAACCGUGCUUUUGCGGGAGGAGGGAUUCUGGAUACGGGGUUGCGCGAGGCGCCUGAUCCAGGUGACGAGGCGGAGGGCGAUGUUUACGAGUUUAUCGAAUCACCGAGACAGCAGACGGAAGGGAGGGAAGCGAUGCAGCAACAUGAUGUGCCGCAGGAAGGGAUGCAGCAACACCAGCAGCGACUGUCAGGUCCAGUCCAGCUUCCGCCGAAGAUGCAGGAUGUAAUCAAGCAUCUACAGGAACGUCAGCGGGCACAGCAACAACAGCCGCGGCAGGAGGAAGGUGAGAGCGGGGUCACGGUGACAUCCGAAGCUCGAACCGCGAGACCCGAGUCACGACAACCACGACAGUCGCAACCACACCAACACAGCUCACAACCACGACAGCAACCGGAACAGGUAUCACCACCACCACCACCACCGCCGCCGCCGCCGCCAAUACCACAGCAACAGCAGUUCCAGCCUCCAUCUCAACCACCGCAAACCGCGGAGGUGGCACCGGAAGCGGAAAGAAGUGCACGACCUGCGUCCAGCGGGGUGAGCGAUGGUCAGCAGCAGCACAGCCAGGAGACGCUGCUGCGGCGGACUGUGUCGGGGCGCGCCGCUCAUUUCCGCGCCAUGAGCUCUGACCGCCCCCCGCCACCCGUGCUACCCAAGCCCGGCGCCGCCCCUCGCCCCCAGCGUCCAAGCAACACCAAUGUCGCCGCACUGGCCGCCGCCCUCGGCCCCCGCCUGGCCCAGGUGCAGCAACAACCGGCUUCCAGACCAACUUCCGGUAGCCUCCCGCAGCAGGCCAGACUCGCUACCAUGGAGUCCGACAGCAUAGGUGACUCGAUCCAGAAUAUUCCCUCAGUUCUAAGUAGCGUCACAGCUCCUGCUCAUCCCAAACCUGCUGACGUCACGGGUACCGUGCCUCACGUGCCGACUGACGUCAGAAACAGCACACCGGCAGUGACGCCAGCUGGGAGCUCUGACGUCGGCGUGGCGAAAACUGUUUUGGAUGCUUUCAUGGACACGGCGAUGGUCAAGGACGUGCUGGCCAUGGACAUUCCGGAAGAUCUCGUCAGGAAGGCGAUAGAAAAACGGAUUCUAUGCGCUGGAGAUUCGUUUUCGACCGCCAGCGCCUUGCUGGACGCUGUCUUUGACCCCACGCCGUCGCCGUCGCCGUCCGAGCCUAAGCAGACGUCCACAGUUCCAGGCUUGAAGCCGGACGAGAUCCACCGCCUGCUUGACCAGCGGUUCUGCAAAAUCUGCAUGGAAGAGGAAGUGUGCAUCGUCUUCAUGCCAUGCGGCCAUCUGGCCUGCUGCAAGGAGUGCUCGGAGCGCCUGAAGGAGUGCCCCAUCUGUCGGGCCGCCAUCACCCAGCGGGUGCGCGCCUACCUGGCCUGACGUCACUGGGCCCUGUUGCGCAGGCGCGGCGGGCUUUAGACAGGUGCCAAGGUCCUCAUUGAAUCGCGUGAUCUACAAAGGGUCACGUCGGAGUGACUCGAGUUGCUUAAAAUAGAUGUGCAGAGGGAAGAACAAAGUGACGGGUGGAGGGGAGUCUUGCUGCCUUAUGUUUCACACUAGGUCCAGCUUGCUAAAAUGUUAUCUGGUCUCACCCCACUUCUACUGUCUUGGUGGGUGAGGAAUUCACCUGGGGUAUAAACUGACUGCCUGGAUGAAAGGGUUUAGUACUUCAAAUUCGCCAUUGGAUUCUGGUCGGCGAGUGAUAAGAAAAGUACCCUCAUUGGGAGAUUUCCUGGAAAAGUGAGUCGGUCCUGGUUCCGAGAUUUCUGAUCAUGAACAGACGUCCGGUGUCUGUCAAGAUGGCUGACAUUCAGCUUGUCCUUCAGAACAUUUGACUGUUUGUUCAGGUUGGAGACAUGAAUAUCCGCAGAUAAAUAUUAAAGUCUAUUCUCACGUUGCAGUGUUUUCAAAGUUUGCACUUGUAGCAUUUCCCUUGCAGUGUAGCUUUGCAACACCCUUCUCCUCGCACGUAGCAGGGGCACUGCAAGGUGACGUCAUCCCUACAGAGGAUUGUGGGUACUAAGCAAUAUAGCAACCGCUUGUGGUUACUUAGUCCUGUUACUCGAGGAAGGAGGGUGAAGAAGAUAAAGAAGUGGAUUAGGGGAUGCCAUGUCUUUCGAUAAAUAGAACCAGGUCCUAAAUAAAGCUCGCAAAGCUUGCAAACCCUGCAACGUGCGGUUCAUUGCAACGUGAGAACAGCCCCUAAUGGCCUCACCUCCCUGUCCCCAAUUGCAGCACACAGAUCCAUACAGAAUAUUUGUACAAGCGUGGAGACCAUUUGAAAUGCUAUUUAAAAGUUCGAAGAUGCAGUCAAAUGAAAUGGCUUUGCAACUAUCUUCAAAAAUAAUAGAGAGUAAAUCAAAUGAAAGCAUAGCAUUACAUUAGCCAUUGGUGUCCUGUUACAGAAUUUUGGAAAUCUUCAUCAGUUUAAGUCUGUUAUAAAAAAGGAAUAAACCCGUUGCAGGUUACACAAAAAUCGCCCCUGGAUAAAACAUUUUUACAAAAUAGCUACUUAGUAAUGAUUAUUAAUUUCAUCGUCGUGACUGACAAAUGUCUGCUGUCAUUUAUUUUUUUAUUAUUUUAGAUGAAGGUAGUCUUGUUUGAAUGAUUAUCUUAAUGCAGGUUUGCUGUAUAAACUGUUUAGUUUCACUGGAUAGGUUAGGUGUAUGAACAUUUAUGGAGUACAAGUGGAUGUAUAAUAUAUAUCUUGAGAUACAAACAUAACGUGGGAUGAGGGUGUGAGUGGGUGAGAGAGGGCUGGUAGAGAAUAAGAAUUUAAGCCAUUUAUUUCUGUAUUGACACUAGCAUGUGACAUUGCCCAGUAACACCAUUCCUUUGUAACACAAGUCUUGGCACGAGCAGCUUCCGAGAGCUGCACGACCUUCUCUAUGUCCACAAACAAUCCCACAGCCUGAGGUCUUGUCAUGCUCAAAGUAUCUGCUGCUGUGAUUACUGUACAUCUCUGACAAGCUCAACACCAAGUCUUCUCACUCUUGCCUCAGACACCUGUCAUGUUCGUCCUGUGGGUGUCUGUCCACAGUCCCACGUGACAUCUUCAAGAGCUGAAUACAUUGAAAUUUAUGUUCACGCGGCCUUACGUUGGCGGGGUCCAUACAGUUACUUCUUGUGAUAUAUUAUACUAGUAUUUGAUGAGUUCAUUUUCAACUCAAGAUCUUUCUCGCCCUCAAGUUUAUUGUUGUUCUUUGCCAGUGGUUUCUGCGUCCUUUGAUUACCAUGAUUACCUUUUGGGGGCAACAGUUUGGAAAGUGGAGUGACAGAAGGUGUGUUGGUUUACCUUCCUUACGGUGAUUUUCUGUCAUUGUAUGGCAAGGAUGCUCUUUCAAAGUGGCUUUAAUAUUUGCUUUCGAAAAGUGAGUGUGCAUGCGUGAGAUUUGCAUCCAUGACACAUCCUGUCCGCCAGGACCUGCUUGUGCACUGGGAGAGAAUUAUUUUGUCUGUGGUCAGAGCCUAUCAGCGCCACCUUGUGUCCACUGCCAGUAAAGUCAAAAACCUAUUCUAUGUCGCACGGACGCAUAGUAUUUUUUGAAACAGAAAUCCUGUUAAUUUUUUUGUGAACAUUUCUUAGUUUUGACUGUUUUCAUACUUUUUUUCAUAAGUUUUAAUUACUAAUAGAGGGGAUGCAUUUUCAGCAUGUGAUUUGUUUAUGUUGAUUGUUUUUGUUUGUAUUGAAAGUCCUGAUGAUGUCAGACUAAAAGCGCGAGGCAGGUGAAUGGAAUCGAAAACUAUUGGAUGAGGUUUACACGUUCAAGCUGUAGUCACCACAAAGUCCCAUUUUUAAAGAUUUCUGUUCUCAAAAGAUCGAAAACUUAAUUCAGUCCUUUUGCUAAAUCAAGUAAAUAAUUUGAUGUUUAAAAAUUGUUCAACACUUGUUCAAGAUAUCUUUGUAUUUAUCGACUAAGGCAGUAUGUAGUUGUACACGAUUACACCGCCAGCUUCUCUGUUGCACCCAGUGUCCUAUCUAAAACAAUGUUAAAAAGAUUUGAAUGAUUUUUUCCCGUUGUAAAUACUGUGAUACUUUGUAGCAGAAUGAAGUGUGAAAGACCGCAUUAUUUUCUCAACCAGCUGUUGUGAGAGGGUGGGGUCACAGUCUCUGAUGUGUGAUGAGUAAGAUGCCUCCAUGAUUACUUACACUGCUGAAUGGACUCGAACUCUGAGGUGUUAAAACUAAGCACCUGUUGGAUCACGCAUUUCUUGUCGUCCUUCAGUCUAUUUAGAUAGCUAGCUGUAAAAAACUAAAUCACAUCUUUUGGCGAUUAAUUAAAAAUAUUUAAAUAUAUGCAUAUAUAGAUAUUAGGAGUGUGUAUGAAGUACGCAAAAGUCGUUAAUUUGUAUUUAAGUAGAAGUAAUUGAUUAUUUUGUUUGGAUAAUGAAGUAUGCGUCAUCGAUUGAUUAUUCUCACGUGCAUGCAAAUACUGUUGAGAAAUAUGUGAAAAGCUAUGAAUGCUUAUUUGUGUUGACUGCUUGACGAGAGAUUUUUCUCGAUAGUCUGAAAUCCUGAAAAUUCCUGGAAUUAAGAAAACAUGAAUGAUUGAUCACGGUGA